UACAUAUCUCUACAUAUGUUCUGGACCCUUCACCACUAUUUUUCCUUCUGCUGAAUCACUUUCUGUACGAUCUUCCAAAUUGUAACCAUGGAUGUUGCUGUGAGUGCGGCAGUUUGUCAUCCAUUCCCCAAGUCCAAUGCCCUUUCCAAUAAAUCAUCAAUUAUACGGCCUAAAAGGCUGUGCUUUACUAAGGUUCCUGUAGUCUACAGAAAUGCAAGUAGUGGUGGGAGAGUUGGAUCAAUCAGAGCUCAGGUCAUAACAGAGGCUCCCACCAAAGUUGAGAAGGUUUCGAAGAAAAUGGAGGAAGGCGUGAUCACUAACAAGUUUAGGCCGAAGGAUCCAUAUGUUGGCAAAUGCCUUCUCAACACCAAGAUCACUGGCGAUGAUGCUCCUGGUGAAACAUGGCACAUGGUUUUCAGCACAGAAGGUGAGUUGCCCUACAAAGAAGGACAAUCUAUUGGGAUAAUCGCGGAUGGUGUAGAUAAGAAUGGAAAGCCUCACAAGCUCAGAUUGUACUCGAUUGCUAGCAGCGCCCUUGGUGACUUUGGUGACUCCAAAACUGUUUCUUUGUGUGUAAAAAGGCUAGUGUAUACCAAUGAACAAGGAGAAAUAGUUAAAGGAGUAUGCUCAAAUUUCUUGUGUGACUUGAAGCCCGGGGCUGAUGUGAAAAUAACUGGACCUGUAGGAAAAGAAAUGCUUAUGCCAAAGGAUCCAAAUGCAACUGUUAUCAUGCUUGCAACUGGGACUGGAAUUGCUCCUUUCCGCGGGUUCUUGUGGAAAAUGUUUUUUGAAAAGCACAAAGACUACAAGUUCAAUGGUUUAGCCUGGCUGUUCUUGGGUGUGCCUACUAGCAGUUCACUACUCUACAAGGAGGAAUUUGAGAAAAUGAAGGAGAAGAAUCCCGACAAGUUUAGACUCGACUUUGCAGUGAGCAGGGAACAGACUAAUGAGAAAGGAGAAAAAAUGUACAUCCAAACACGCAUGGCUCAAUACGCGGAAGAGCUCUGGGAGUUACUCAAGAAAGACACCACCUUCGUCUAUAUGUGCGGGCUUAAAGGAAUGGAGAAGGGAAUCGAUGACAUUAUGGUGUCAUUGGCUGCUAAAGACGGUAUCGAUUGGACGGAAUACAAAAGAUCAUUGAAGAAGGCAGGGCAAUGGAAUGUUGAAGUCUAUUGAUUCCAGAAGCACAAGUUUUUUCAAUACUGUAGUUUUCAGGAUAUAAUCUUUAAUAAUAUGUAUGAUCAAUAAUCUUUUAAGAAAAUCCUAACUAUAAUCACAUGUUAUUAGUUUUCUUAUGAAUUAAAGAUUUUUAUUUGAGUUA